AGCCGAAGAUGUCGGCUCGGUCAUGUGAUCAGCUGUGUCCAAUCACAGCUGAUCACAUGGCACUGAUGAUCAGUGUGCCCUGAUGAUCAGUGUGGCCCCAGAAGUGCCACCUGUCAGUGCUCAUCAAUGCCACGUGCCAGUGCCCAUCAGUGCCACAUCAAUGCCACAUAUCAGUGCAUACCAGUGCACAUCAAUGCCACAUAUCAGUGCCCAUCUGAGCUGCCUUUCAAUGUCACCCAUCAGUGCCAGUCAGUGCCACCUAUCAAUGCCAAUCAGUGCCACCUAUCAGUGCCAGUCAGUGUCGCCUAUCAAUGCGCAUCAGUGCCAGUCAGUGCCGCCUAUCAGU